AUGAGCUUCCGUCUCUUAACCAAAGCAUGGCGACAACAGACCCAAUCCAAGAACCACACCGCCUUUUCUCCCAUAUUUCCCCGCUAUUUUUCUCGCAAAUCCCAACGGCCAUCAUUCGGCAUUGCUUUCGACAUCGACGGCGUCAUUCUCCUCGGCAACACUCCCGUCGGUGGCUCUCCGACAGCAUUGAGAAAAUUAUACGAUGCAGAAGGUAGAAUGAAAAUCCCAUACGUUUUCCUUACCAAUGGCGGCGGCAUUCCUGAAGCUAAAAGAGCCUCUGAGCUUAGUGAACUGUUGGGUUUAAGCGUCUCACCUUCUCAGGUUUUGCAGGGUCAUUCUCCAUUUAGACAAUUGGUCGAUAGAUUUGAGCAUAAACUCAUUGUUGCUGUGGGAAAAGGGGAACCAACUUCGGUGAUGUCUGAAUAUGGUUUUAAAAAUGUUAUCUCAAUUGAUGAAUAUGCAUCGUGCUUUGAAAACAUUGAUCCAUUGGCACCAUACAAGAAAUGGACAACAAAGGUGGCUGCUACACAGAAUCCAAAGUUUGAUGAGAGUGGUUCACAAAUUGAUGUCUUCUCUGAAAGGGUUCAAGCAGCAUUCAUAGUUAGUGAUCCUGUUGAUUGGAGCAGGGACAUACAGGUUCUCUGCGACAUCUUGAAAACGGGAGGGCUUCCGGGAAGAAAUGUUGGAAUGCAACCGCAAUUAUAUUUUGCAAAUGAUGACCUUGAAUACCAGACUAAAUUUCCUUCUGAACGUCUGGGCAUGGGAGCUUUCAGGAUUGCAUUAGAAUCCAUUUUCAAUAGGACUCAUCCUCAUUCCCUGGAGUACACAUGUUUUGGCAAACCAAAUCCAUCUGUAUUCAAGAAUGCAGCAACUGUGUUACAGCAACAUGUGCCCCGAGUCUAUGAAGAUUUCAAUGACAUAAGUCAUAAAAACGCCCAACAUUUUCAAAGACUUUACAUGAUUGGAGAUAAUCCUGCAGUGGACAUUAGAGGUGCACGACAGACUGGGCAUCCUUGGUUUUCUAUUCUCACGAGGACUGGUGUUUUCAAGGGGAAGGAAAAUCAUGACAAAUUUCCAGCAGAUCUGGUUGUUGACACCGUGGAUGAAGCUGUGGACUACAUCCUGGCAAAGGAAAACGCUUAA